CGAGCAGAGCCUUAUCAAAUUGUGUGGCGAAGAAUGCAGAGAGCAUAAUGUAGAUAACCCUAAUCUCCACCCCAUUUCGUCUCUCAAUCAUUCACCAGAUCCGCCAUUAUCGUUCACUCGAAGCUCCAAAGCUCGACGCAGCCAUGGCGAAUGUAAUAAUGGCCUCCUCCAAACCCCUCUCCCCUCCCCCUUCCAUCGCCUCCACCAAAACCCCAAAAUUCUCCAUUCCCAAAACCCUAACCCUAACCCUAACCCCCACGAUUCUCAAAAACCCCAAAUUCGUCUCCCUCUCCACCACCACUCUCAAAUCCCUCUCCCUCAUCGCCGCCACAUCGCUCUCCUUUGCGCCUCCUUCCCUCGCCGAAGAGAUCGAAAAGGCCGCGCUCUUCGAUUUCAACCUCACUCUUCCAAUCAUGAUGGCGCAAUUCCUUCUCCUCAUGGUCGGUCUCGACAAACUCUACUUCUCUCCACUCGGCAAAUUCAUGGACGAAAGAGACGCCGCCAUAAAAGAGAAGCUCAACAGCGUUAAAGACACAUCCGAGGAGGUGAAGCAGUUGGAUGAACAAGCCGCAGCGGUGAUGAGGGCGGCCAGAGCAGAAAUUUCAGCGGCGCUUAACAAGAUGAAGAAGGAAACUCAGGCAGAAGUGGAGGAGAAACUGGCGGAGGGAAGGAAGAAAAUCGAUGCGGAGUUGCAGGAGGCAUUGGCGAGCUUGGAGAAUCAGAAGGUGGAGACCAUUAAAUCCCUGGAUGCUCAAAUUGCAGCUCUUAGCGACGAAAUCGUCAAGAAGGUUCUUCCCGUUUAGAUCGAUUUUGCUCUGAAUUUCUGUUCUGUUCUGGAAUUCAUCUACAUUUCUACUUACGUUCUUAUAAUCGCUUUGCCUUGCAAUCAUAAUGGAUAUGAAAGAACAAUUAAAUGUAUAAAUAAUUCGUUUCUUUAUUUCCCCCUC